AUGGGACCGCGCAGCUCGUCAGUUCGUUUUCUACUCGACGACUUCCUCCACUUCUUUAAACAAGAUGCGUACCCGUUUGCACCGAUGAAUCAAGAUGAAGUUAGCAUUCCGAAUCGAAGCUGUGUAGAACAAUCUCCUACGUCAUGUAAAAAUCUCCUUGCCGGAUCGGGUGUCCCGUAA